GUAGCAGGCAGAGACAGGGUGCUGUCACCAUGGUCCACAGUCAGCCCAUGAUAAGACUCAAGAGCCGGGUCCAGAUCCGCAGCCUCCUGGCCCGGCAGUGCCUGGCAGAGUUCCUGAGCGUGUUCGUGCUCAUGUUCCUCACCCAGGGGGCCGUGGCCCAGACUGUCACCAGCAGAGGGGCCAAAGGCAACUUCUUCACCUCAUUCCUGGCGGGUGCCCUGGCUGUGACGGCAGCCAUCUACGUGGGUGGCAAUGUCUCAGGGGCCCACCUGAACCCCGCCUUCUCCCUGUCCAUGUGCCUCCUGGGACGCCUGCCCUGGGCCAAGCUCCCCAUUUACUCGUUGGUGCAGGUUCUGUCUGCUUUCUGUGCCUCUGGAGCCACAUAUAUCAUGUACUACGACGCCCUGCAGAACUACACAGGUGGGAACCUGACAGUGACUGGCCCCCAAGAGACGGCUUCCAUCUUUGCCACCUACCCUGCAUCCUAUCUGUCCCUGACGGGUGGCUUCCUGGACCAGGUUCUGGGUACCUGGAUCCUGCUGGUGGGGGUCCUGGCCCUCCUGGACUUGAAGAACAAGGGAGUGCCCGCAGGUCUGGAGCCCGUGGCCGUGGGGCUGCUGAUCCUGGCCAUUGAGCUAGCCAUGGGUUCCAACUGUGGGGUCCCACUCAACCCUGCCCGGGACCUGGGCCCACGGCUUUUCACCUACGUGGCUGGCUGGGGCCCUGAAGUCUUCAGCGCUGGCAAUGGCUGGUGGUGGGUGCCUGUGGUGGCCCCUAUGGUGGGGGCCACCCUCGGCACGGCCACGUACCAGCUGCUGGUGGCGCUGCACCACCCUGAGGACGAAGAGCCAGCUCAGGAUCUAGAGUUUGCCCAGCAGAAGGCCCCGUACUUGGAAACUCCUGACUCAGCUAAGAAGCCGGAGAGCAAGCUCUGA